CCUCCUCCUUUAUCAGCCUGUAGCAGCUCUGUGUCGUUGGCAGUGUGAAGGUUUUACACUGUUAGUCCUAAUUUACUUGUGAUAUAGUUGGGAUUCCUGCAUUAAAAGUAGAGUGUAGCUAUGUGGGUUGUGCUACUGUAGUCUGUAGAAUAGAAAAAGAUCUGGAUACAAAGCGGUGUCAGUACAGUAACAGUGGAAAAACAGGCUUGGAUUCUCCCAGAUCUUCUCUUCCUGGAUACUGCUGAUUUACAGCUUCCCAAAUACAGCUUCUAAUCUACUCGCCCAACUGUGAUCCAAUCAGCAUUCGGCUGACACACAGGUGAGGUGUGUCCAGUGACCUGCAGCUGGAUUUUGGACGAAGGCACAGGAGAACAUCUGUGCUCGCUGAUGGAAGCUGGAAAAUUUAAAUUCUGCACCUACAGAGAGGAUAAACUCCAGGACGCCUAACUGAGAGGACGUGUGAUGUGAGAAAAAAUUCCUGACAGAGAUGUUGUCAGCCUGUUAGAAACUCCAUCAUCCCAAAUGCUUUUGGACCAUGGAAACCUUCACCCAGGAGCCAGGGUGUUUCCUGCAACUGAAAAUGGGAUCCUUGAAGCGCACCAAGUCAAUGCAAGAUAUUUUGGAUUUUCACACAGGGCAGGUGCUGCUACCACAGAAAGGAGGUGUAGUCCAGCUGUUCACGCCAUUCCAUCGUCUCAAAUCUCAGAGACAUGUUUCUGGAAACCUGUGAAUGCUACAAAAUUUCUGGUAAUUAUGAUAAUUCUGAUAAAAGUCUCCAGUGGUCUCAGCCUCACAUGUCAGCAAGCAGAGUAUCAGAUAGGAAAUGAAUGCUGUCCGAAGUGCCCUACAGGGAGUCGCGUGAAAACUCACUGUAAUGAGUAUAGAAGUACGUCAUGUCUGCCCUGCAUGGAUGGAACCUUCACUGAUCAACCUAAUGGACUGGAGCGAUGUAUUCCCUGUACAAACUGUGACUCAGCUCUUGGUCUGAUGGUAAAGAAGCGGUGUACAGCAACAUCAGAUACAAUCUGUGCACCACUGGAGGGAUUCUACUGUGUUUCUUCUGUGGGACUCAGCUGUGACACAGCACAGAAACACAAAUGCUGUAAACCAGGACAGUACAUCAGUCAGAAGGGAACAGCCUCCACAGACACUGAGUGCUCUGACUGCAGCAGUGGAACAUUUUCUAAUGGAACAUUUUACUCCUGUCAGCAACACACACAAUGUCACUCACUCAACCUUCAGCUGAUAACAGCAGGAACAUCUGCAGCUGACGCUCAGUGUGGAGAACUCAGUUUUAAUGUGGGAGCAGCUGUUGGUGGAGCUGUGGCUUUUUUAACUGUAAUUUUUGGAGGAGGAGGAGGAUUAUUAUAUUGGAACUUACAAAAGAGAGCUCCGUCUAACAGAUCACCAACCGGAGAGAAAGGCACAGAUGUGGAGUGUUCACCGAUGGCAUCACUAGAAGGUGAUAAAAGCGCAAAUGGAGACCAUGAUGGAGAAAUCAAUCAGUGAAAAAAAAAAAAAAGUGAUCCAGCUACCUCAUAAAACACUCCAACAAACUUUGGUCAGAAAGCCUGAAGAAGUCUUAGGAGAAAACCUCAUGGGACCCUUUACCUACAGUGUCAGUGGAGACCUGCAUUUAAUAGACUUAGCAGACUGCUGUACAGGCUGGAGAGGACUGUUCUCUCUUUAUAAAGUGUCAGUAGAAACCAAAGCUAAAAACCUAACCUGAGAAAUACUCUCCUGCUGGGUUAUACCAGCUUACAUCCUCUUAGACCAGGACCAACUCUUCAUAUUCUCAGAGUCUGAAGAAUCCUGCAGAGAGUGGAAUCUCCAGCUGAAUCCUCCAUGUCAUCCUGAAACCAACCUGACUGAAAGGAAACCAAUGGACAAGAUGCAGCAGACAGGAGAGAAGAUACUGGAGCUGUUAUCAUCAGUGUGCACAUAUCAAACAUUCCCUGUUCAUGAGAGAUACAUGGGUGAUUAUUAUAGGAAAUAUCAGUGACUUCCUGCUGGAUCUGUACUCUGAUGUGAAGGACUGUGAAACUAAAACAGGCUUGAGUGUCCUUCCAUCAUUAGAGUCAGUUUUCCAGUCAGCUCCUGCAGUCUGGUCCAUAAAGCUCUCAGAGAGAAAGACCUCCAUCCUCCUGGAAGUGCUGAAACUCCAACCAGAGAAGAAACAAGUGGAGCUGAAAGUUGGCAUGAUACAUGGAAGAAAAAACAAAAGUGGAUCCACUGAUAGCUUCAUCAUUCCCUGCAGUUCAGAUCCUGCACUUCUUAUUGUGAUACCUUUACCUAAAAACACUUUUAAUAAUAAAGUUUUUUGUGCUUCUUAUUAAAACCUGGCUUGAUUACACAGACUUGAUCAGGUUUGAACCUUUCCCCUUUACCACCAGCAGCAGUGCUGCGAUUUCUGAGAAAUAUAGAAACUGUUGCAUUUGUAAAACUUUACUACUUGACAACUUUGUGACUUGUAAAUGUUAAGGCUUCAUAAAAAAUUGUGUAUCUCCUCCUGUAUUAUUGAUCGCUAUAUAUCCUCCCAGACUGAGUACGUGGCUUCCUGGAAAAAAUUGCUGAGCUUUUUUCCAAAAUGAAAACAUUUGAGUGCAUGAUAAUUUCAGGUGAUUUUAACAUUCACACUGACAGCAGCAGCAGCUCUGACAGCAGACAGUUCACUUUAUUAAAAUGUUUUAAUUUUAAGCAGCAUGUGACAGAACCCAGCCAAACAACAGGUCACAGCCUCGAUCUGAUUGUUUUACAUAUCUCACAUCAUUAUUGUAUAUUUUCAGAAAUGUUUUCUUCUUCAAACAAUUACAAACAGAUUUAUCAGUAAGAGUCAUGUCAAUGCCAGCACAGCUGACACAUUCACCUGUGAGUGUUCAGUGUUCAUUAGCCUUAUUGUCUUUAUAUGAUGAAAUGAUGGGCAACCGCUCCAAUACAACUUCUCUAAUUAUAUUGUUCCUAUUAUUUCCUAUUUAUUGUUGAUAUGUCAACAUAUUCAUGUAUGUAGAACACCAAAAGCAGCCUGGAUGUGAUUUAUGAAUAACUGAUUUCUUGUUUUGUUUCUGA